UGCAAAGAAUUUCAAGAACACACUUCAUUCGUGUUUCAGAGCCUCCAGUGCCAGAGGACACAGCUGCCCACAAGGUUCUGACGGCUGCCACCUGCUGCUCCCUGAUGCUCAGGAAUAUGGCCAGCUCAAGGACUUUCAUCCUCAUCUGUGGUUUGCUGGCAGCCACCCUGGUUGGAGCCACCCUCAGCCCUCCUGCGGUUCUCAUCCUUGGCCCGGAAGUCAUCAGUGAAAAGCUGACCCAGGGGCUGAAGGAGCACGAUGCUGCCAACAUCCUGCAGCAGCUGCCUCUGCUCAGUGCCAUGCGGGAGAAGCCGGCCGGGGGCAUCCCCAUUCUAGGCAGCCUGGUAAACUCCGUCCUGAACCUCAUUAUCUGGCUGAAAGUGACCUCAGCUAACAUCCUCCAGGUGCAGGUGCAACCCUCGGCUCACAAGAAGGAGCUGAUGGUCACGAUCCCACUGGACAUGGUGGCUGGAUUCAACACGCCACUGGUCAAGACCAUUGUGGAGAUGCACAUGGAGACAGAGGCCCAAGCCACCAUCCGAGUGGAGACCAAGAGCAAAAACCAGACCAAACGCCUUGUCCUCAGCAGUUGCUCCAACAGCCGGGGGAGUCUACGCAUCAGCCUGCUGCGGAAGCUCUCCUUCCUGGUCAAUCCCUUAGCCAACAAUGUCAUGAAACUGCUGGUGCCAGCCCUGCCCGAACUGGUGAAAAGCCAGUUGUGUCCCGUGAUCAAGGAGGCCCUUGAAGACAUGCAUGAGGACCUCCUGCACCUGGUGAGAGUGCCUGUUCCCGUUGGCUACAACCACCUGAACUUUGACCUUCUGUCUCCUGCCAUCAAGGGUAAUGUCAUCCAACUCAACUUGGCGGCCAAAUUGCUGGACUCACAGGAAAAUGUGAAGAAGCGGUUCAAUGAGUCUGCAGUUUCCCUGACAAUGCCCGCCCUGGACAGCUCCCCUUUCACCCUCACAGUGAGGCAGGAUGUGGUAAAUGCUGCAAUGGCUGCCCUGAUCCCUCCUGAAGAAAUUAUGGUUCUGUUGGACUAUGUGCUUCCUGAGCUGGCCCUCCAGCUGAAGUCUAACAUCAGGGUGAUCAGUGAAAAGGCUGCGAAUCAGCUGGGGCACACACAGAUUGUGAAGAUCCUAAUCCAGGAGUCCCCAGAGCUCCUUCUGGACCAGGGCAGUGCCAAGGUGGCCCAACUUAUCGUGCUGGAAGUAUUUGCCACCAAUGAAGUCCGCCGCCCCUUCUUCACCCUGGGCAUUGAAGCCAGCUCAAAUGCUCAGUUUCACACCGAAGGUGACCAGCUUAUACUCAGCUUAAGUGAAGUCAGCUGUGAUCGGAUGCACCUGAUGAACUCAAACGUUGGUCUGUUCAACCCUGAGCUUCUGAAAGACAUCAGUGCGGAGAUUCUUGCCUCUGUUUUGCUGCCAAAUGAGAAUGGCAAAUUAAGACCUGGGAUGUCACUGCCAAUAGUGAAGGCCUUGGGGUUCAAGGCAGCUUCGUGGUCUCUGACCAAGGACGCUCUUGUGAUCACCCCAGUCUCCGUGUAGAGCCCCAGACCCUUCUCCUGUCUUCCACUGAAGACUUGGGCAGCAGCCAUCCAGGGUAGACUGGCUUCCAGUGAAAACCAACUCUG